ACAGUUUUCUGCUUUUCGGCAGCUUCUUGUGCGAGCGCUGUCCGCGGUGCUAGAUAUAAACACCUCACAGGAUGGAUACUGCUUAGUCUGCUCACAGCUCUAUACAUUGCUGUAGAACUUAACUGUUUGGCCUUAAAUGCAAGUAUUACAAAUAGGUCCCAGUUCUGAGCAGUUAUGGCUUUGUUUAAGAAACCUCUUACUUAAACUGAGGAGAGUGUAGGCAGUGUAAUCAUUCUCUUUCUGGAGUGUAUUACCUACUCAUAUCACCUUACAUCCCUUGGGAAAUCAUUAGCAUUGCACCCUGCUCCUCGCAGAUCACCGUCCUUCGUCAUCUUUGUUUAUGAGUCGGUGAAGGUCAGGAAGAAGUGGAUAAGAGGCCAUUGUCAUGCAUAUGAACUGUGACAGGUUACUCCAGCCCUUGUUCAGCCAGUGGAAGCUCCUACUCUGGACAAAAAGACCAGCAUUUACAGAGAGUAUCCGAACAGCUUCAAAGCAUCUACUCAAGGACAUAUGUUUUUUACAUUUUCCAGGAAGUUUACUUGGAUUAAUUUUUUAUUGCUUUGCCCCUUGGACAUAUGCACGAGCUGUGCAGAACACUCUUGGCAAACAGUGCAGGACCCAUUUUACAGUCUUGUUCUCUUGUGCCAUUACAACAGAGUUUCCCUUAGCACAGUCCAUCUUGCAGAGUCUUCUUUCUGUGCCUGGCUAUGAUAUACAAGUCUUCCACUUCUCCUUCCUUUCCUUGUUGAACCCCAAUCCCUGAAUGAGGGUUCGAGAAGGGGCCCCGAUCUCACCAUGGCUUAUUCGUCUGCUGACUCCCGCAGAGAGAUGACGAACGGGGUCCAUCCUAACACCCAUCCAGCAGGCCCAGGAACCUCCACUUUGCCACGAUACUUGCACAAGAAGCAACAGCGGCAGAAGGGAUGGAGAUCUUCAUCUCCGAUGGGUAGAGUCAUCCUCAUCAAUUCACCUGUGGAUGGUGGGGAUGAUUGUGAAGACAUCCACACAAUUACAGUGGACAAGAGUGAGGAUGGUAGGCUGGGCUUCAGUGUGCGUGGUGGUUCAGAGCAUGGCCUUGGCAUCUUUGUUAGCAAAGUGGAGGACAAUUGUUCUGCAGAAUUUGCAGGGUUGUAUGUUGGGGACAAACUGGUGGAGGUGAAUGGGAUCAGUCUGGAAAGCAUUACCAUGAGCAGUGCUGUGAAGGUUUUAACAGGGAGCAAUCGCCUGCGCAUGGUAGUUAGGCGUGUAGGGAAGGUGCCUGGUAUCCGCUUCUCCAAAGAAAAGACCACAUGGGUGGAUCUAAUUCAUCGGAGGAUGGUGGUGGAAGAGAGUGGUCGCACCCCCUCUGAGAUCAGCUCAGAUGGAGCUUUGCGCCGGAUUGUGCACCUCUAUACAACCUCAGAUGAUUACUGUCUGGGCUUUAACAUCCGUGGUGGCAAAGAGUUUGGCCUGGGCAUCUAUGUCUCAAAGCUGGACCCUGGUGGCUUGGCAGAGCAACAUGGUAUUAAAAUGGGAGACCAGAUUCUGGCAGCAAAUGGAGUGAGCUUUGAAGAUAUUACACACAGCAAUGCAGUGGAAGUCCUGAAGAGCCACACCCAUGUCAUGCUCACGAUUAAGGAGGCUGGGAGGUAUCCUGCAUAUAAGGAGAUGGUAGCAGAGUACAGCUGGCUCAAUAAAUUGGCUAAUGGAGGCCAGCCAGCCUCUUCUCACGGUUCAGACUCCUAUUCGUCUACAUCCUCUCUUUCGUCUGGGACACCAGUCAGCUCUCUCAGUGGCCUCUCUCAGGUCAUGUUCCCUCCUCUAUUUGGCUUGGAGAUGGUGGAUGUGUCCAUCUCUACUGAGGAUGGCUCAUCACGCAAGCCCAGCUCUGAUCGCACUGAGACAGCCAUCCAGACCGACCCCCUGGAUUCUGACACAUCACCCCAGCCCACCAGGGUCAUCUCCAUAGACACCAGCCGGAUGGUUGGUGAGACCAUUCUUUUGAAGGACACAGUGAUCAGGAGUGGCAGUUUUAAUAAGAAUCGUGAAGCACAAAAAAGGACAUUUUCUGCCGGAGACAAGGAAACUCUGGACUCUCCAAAAACUGCAGUGCUAAUGGCUCUCAGCAAACCUCGCAAACCCAUCCAAAGAUCCCAGAGUCAUAUCACUGUGUCAGAGGACAAGCAGAAGAAAAAACAGCAGCAGACAGUGAAGGCUGAGGCUUCUGGAAGCACCCUGCAGCGUUCCAAAACUUUUGUCAGUCUGUUAUUCAAAAGUGGUCGAAAGAGAGACAGGUCUGCCUCUAGAGACAGGAAGGCAUCAGGGACAGGAGAGCGGCAUCGAGCUCGUUCCAAAUCACCGGGUAAAGAGCGGAAUCGGUCCAUCAUUAAUCUCCUGAGUUCUCCGCGGGAGACGCGUGCUGGCGUGCGGGAGCCUGAAGCCAUGCCCAGUCCUGAGACUAUGGCCAUGGUGGAGAGGAUGGCAUGCAAACUGCUGAGUGAGGAUGAGGUGGCUGCAGUAAUGAGACACUGCAGUAGGUUUUUAGCAGAAAGAGUGGUGGAAGACCUGGUACACCCCCUGCUGGCUAUCCUUGACAGACCUGAAAAGUUGCUGCUGCUAAGGGAGAUCAGAAUGAUCGUCCCCCCAACAGAGUUGGGUCGGUUUGACAGCAUGGUAAUGCCGUUUGAACUGGAGGCCUAUGACAUUUUAAAGAGCCGCUCUGUGCGCUCUCCGGUUCUGCGCUCUCCUCGGCAUGAUGGAACUCCACGCCGCCAUCUAAUAACACCCAUCCCAGACUACAGGGGAGGCUUCCAUCUACAGGCUGUGCAAGAUUUGGAGCGAGAUCGACAGCUGAUGCAGGAGCUGGAGCGACUCAGGCUGACCAGCCUCCCAACUGGCAAACUCCCUCCUUCCCGAGCAUUCACACCUCUGUUGGACAUACCCGUGGACAGUUACAUUUCUGGCUCCAUUCGGCAGCGCUCCUUAAGCCCAGCUCGCCCCAAACAGCUGCUUAAUGAGUCCCCCAAAAGUACAGAGAGGCGUGGACGUUCCCCUAAACGACAAGAACAUGAUUUGCCUCAAAGGUCAAGCACUCCAGAGCGAGGAAGAUCACCGUACAGGAACGGCCAUGACAAAGCUACAAAGGCCAGAUCUGGCAAUGGAAGAGAGGUUAAGUACACCGUAAUGAGUGCACACAGAAGGAGCAGAACACCACUAACACAGGUAUUUGGGCCAGACAUGCCACACAACCCGAUGGAAAGGGAGCAGGCAAAUGGACAUGCUGGUUCCUCGGAGAACAGCCAAACCAGCCUGCCAGUGCAGGAGUAUGAGCUGACCACUGUCUUCAUCUCUAAGUGCAAACAGUCUCUGGGUAUAAGUAUCUCAGGGGGCAUCGAGUCCAAGGUCCAGCCAGUGGUGAAGAUUGAAAAGAUAUUCCCCGGAGGAGCGGCAUCCACUAGUGACGUGUUAAAGGCUGGAUUCGAGCUUGUGUCAAUUGAUGGAGAAUCACUCCAGGGAGUCACACACCAGCAUGCAGUGGACGCCAUAAGAAAGGCUUUCAGCAACAAGGCCAAAGAACCCAUGGAGUUUGUUGUCAAAAUCCCAAAGAACCUAAAAGACUAAAGCAACGUCUCCUGUGCUGUGCUGCACAACAGAGACAAUAUUUUACACCCAGAGCUCAGUUCAUACAGUACAGACUCUGAACAGAAAACAGAAAACCUGAAAGAACACAUCUUUAUGAUAACAAAGAUAGCUCCAUGGAAAAGCAAAGCUGCCAUUGUGCAAUGUGAAUCAGUUGGCUGAACUAACAUGCCCAAAGGGCGACGUAUGAAAGAAGGCUUUCACUGGGAGUUAUUGUGGAUUUAGAAUCAUUGGGCUUUUAAACCAGAGCGUUUAUAUCUGGAGAGUCACUGAAGAUUCAUUGACAUAGCAUUAUUAUCAAUGCUUAAACAUGUUUAUUUAAUAUCUAUUUCAUGUCUUUUCUAUUCCCCAGUGAAGGAUGUGUGUGUAAAUGUAGUUAUUGCUAUUGCAAGAAGCAUGUUGGAAUGGAUCAUCAUCACUUUCCCACUACAACACAUCCUCUGAAACCAGGGAAUAUAAAGCUCUGCAGCAAAGUUAACACAAGAUUAUGCUGAUAGGAGAUUUAUACAGAAUGUAAUUCACUAUUUUAAUUUAGUUCUAUCAGUCUUAAUCUUUUUUGGUCUAUUGAGGCAGUGCUUUGAAGACAUACUGACGACUACACACUCAUGCACAGACUUUCCUGCAUUAGUCUCCUGAAAAAGCUAAACACUAAGGUUAUUCUGAAUAGGAUUACAUUACAUCUCUGCGGAACGUCUUACAAGUGUCCAUUACUAGCACACUAGAGCAUCUGAAUUGCUUGAAAGAGGUACUGAAUUUGAUUAGGUUAUGCUGUCUUUCAAAGAGGGCAGAUCUGUUAUCAAAUGAUUUUAUUACAAAAGUGCUAUGUGUUAUACCAUACUUAAAAAAAAAAUCACUCAUCAUAAAGUUUGUUCAGAAGUGUAACUUUCAGAUAUUUUUUAACUAGCUUUUAAAACAUGUACAUAGCGAUAGAAAGCAAUAGGUAAAGCAAUAACAGCAGCAAGAACC